AAAAAAAAAAAAAGAAAAAAAAACCCCCUCCAAAGCUAUCCAUUGGGAUGUAUGUUAGCCAGUUAAGAGUUCCCUUAUCGACUGAAAGGCCGUCUGGUAUGUUUUUAACAUGUGCCCUAAUAGCAUCCAGUUGUCCAAAGCGGGCUGAACACAAAUUGUUACAAGGAUUGAUCUUUUCAUCUCUCUUUCCUAAAGCGGUGCGUUGAGGCUAGAUGGAAUGUGACAAUGUGACCAGUGUGACCCAGUGUGCAGUGACACUGUCAUCGUCAGUGCUCCACCAGAGCCCCUCCCCAGAUGGGCCUUAGGCACCCCCAUCCCGGGCGGCAAAUCACCGAAACAGAACAUCCAAAGUCAUGUGUAACUUCCUCUUUGUCGAUGAUUUAAGCAAUAGAUAAAUAAAUACAACGCCACCAUCUAUGUUUGUUUGUUUGUUAGUUGGUUUGUUAGUUAGUUAGUUAUACGCUGUGCGGUGGAACAAUAGGUCAAUGUCAAACUGAUGAAAGCAA